UUGCCAUGAAAUUAAUAGUAUGAUCGUACGCUCAGAUUCCUACCAUCAAACCCUCAGACGCCAUUCAUUCAGUCUUUCCUCAAACCCUCCGAAAAAACCCAGAAUCGGAACUGUCUGCUCGGCUUCAAUUUUCAUAAAACCCCUUGGACUGCCAUUAUUCUCAAAAACUACCCAAUCGCCCAGCAAAUCAUUCCAUUUAGAGCCUAAUAAACCCUAUACAAUUGGGCGUGAUUAUUUUUGCUGCGAUUUUCUGUUUAUUGACAGGAAAAUCAGUAAAAGCCACUGUCAGAUUUUAUUCAAUUCUUCGGAUAAGAAGGUAUUUUUAGCUGAUGGUGUAUUCUUUGGUAUUGAUCAGAUUGAAUGUUCUUCUCGGGUCAGGGCUUCACUGAAUGGGGUUUUCGCCAAUGGAAUUAGGAUACGAAAAGGGGAAGUUGUGGAAUUGCAUGGUGGCGAUGAGAUUUUACUUUCUUGUGGCAAUGGAAGUGAUUGUAAUGUAGUUAAUAGAAUUGGAUUUUUUGUAGAAAGAAUUGUUUUAUCAGAGGAAGUUGUUGAUAGGAAUGUGCCUAAUUUGAUGGCAAGUGGCAUGUCAAUUGAUUAUGGUCCUGUCAGACUAGCAAGUAAUAAAUUGGACGUGAAGGCAGGCUUUUUGUUAAGCAUGUGUAGAGAUAUUUUGUGUAGUAAUGAUCCGAUUUCAUUUAUGAAGAAGCAUGCUAAUCUUGAUGGUAAAAUUCGUAGUUCAUAUUCUAGGAGAAGUGGGAAGAAGUUCAUCAGUUUUUUAAAAAGUAGUGGUGUAAAAUCAAGUAGCGAAGAUCGAGUACAUAGGCUAGAGGUCGCACUUUCUGAAUCCCCUGCUAAUUGUAGAGAUGCGGUAGUUAAUUGUUAUAAGGGGACUAUAAUUUCUUCUGAGAGAAACACUGGUUCUCAAAGCUUUAGUUUUAAUGAGAAUGCUGAAGAAAAAGUGGAUAAUUAUCGUUUACAACAAAAUAAUGGUGUGAAUGUAAGUGGCAAACCCAAGGCACUGUCUUUGGACUGUCCGAGGGUGGCGGAUAUGGCUUUAUGUGAUAGGAGUAAUGUAAGCCAGGAUAAGAUUGAGGGUGGUUAUGUAUCGCCACCAGGAAGGAAGUUUUAUUUGAACCGGCUUCAGUUCAUGGGCCAUUGCUCAUCAGAAGCUCAAGAUGUUGUUUCACUGCCAGAGCUCUUUUAUCCUGUUGAAUCUCUACAGCGGGUAUUUAUUGCAACAUUUACUAGCGACAUACCAUGGUUUCUGUCCUAUUGCAGGAUUCCUGCCCAUCUCCCAAUAACAAUUGCUUGCCACAAUGCUGAAAGGUGUUGGAGUUCAAACCCUGAAAGAAGAACCUCAUAUCCUUUUACAGAUUUUCCGCGUUUAGUUGUGGUGUAUCCUCCUUUUCCUGAGGUUAUAGCUUUUGGUAAAGACCGUAGGAAGUCAGGCAUUGCUUGUCAUCAUCCAAAAUUGUUUGUGCUGCAAAGAGAAGACACCCUUCGGGUUGUGGUUACUUCCGCAAAUUUGGUGGCAAGACAGUGGAAUAAUGUGACCAAUACAGUCUGGUGGCAAGAUUUUCCUCGUUCUUGUACACCUGACUAUGGUUCACUAUUCAAUCAAUCAUCUUUAGGGGGAAAUAAUCAAGAUUCAAAGUCCGAUUUUGGUGCUCAGCUGGCUGGAUUUAUGGCUUCUUUAGUAGCUGAUGUACCAAGUCAGGCCCAUUGGAUUCUGGAACUGGCCAAAUACAGUUUUAAAGGUGCUCUUGUACAUCUGGUUGCUUCUGUACCAGGAAUCCACACGCCUAAAAGUCCUUACAUGUUGCACUCAAGACAUUUUCUGUCUGGUAACAAGAACAUGCAGAAGUCCUCUGGCAGAAAUUUGCUCGGUUCGGUUGAAACAUCUGUGGUUGGUAUGAGCCACCUUUUCUGCACAUCAGUUGAUUCAAAUGGUGUGAAGCUAAAGAAACUGGCUGCCUUUCUUCGAAAGUGCUCUGAGAAUGCAUAUGGAAUGUCAGAGAUUAUUUUAAGGCGAGAGACUAAUAUUCUGGCUGAUGUAAAUGCAGUGAGUGUUCUAAUUCCCAAUCCAGAAGAGUUUUCUUUGGGAGAUUGUGUUCAAAUAGGAUUUCUACCAAGAGAUGUUGCACAGUGGGUAGCUCCACUAUCAGAUGAUGGCUUUUUUGCAUUUUCAGCAUAUAUUUACCCAAAGGAAGUCCUCAGAGCAGCCUUAGAAGGAAGCUACAUCAAAGUACAGUUGAUACUUUAUGUCUCCCAAGGCCCAUGCUUUUCAGGAAUUUCAAAUUCCUUGAGAUGUCAGCAAGUUUCUGCCAUAUGCUCACUAGUUUCAUCAAUUCAUAGAUGUGUAGGCCUUUGGCGUCUUCAAGAGGUUUUGGCUCCCUACAAAUGGCCUGAACACUUAGAGACUGACUUUCUCUUUGGCUCAUCCUCCAUUGGGUCUGUGAAUGCACAAUUUGUGGCUGCAUUUUCAGCAGCAUCUGGAAAACGUGCAGCACAAUUAUCUGAAUCUGAGGAGUCUGAUCCACAUUGGGGCUGCUGGAGUGCAAGUCAAGAGCUAAGAAAUCCAUCUAUCAAAGUCAUUUUCCCUACCAUUGAAAGGGUGAAAACUGCAAGUUGUGGAAUUUUGGCAUCUAAAUACAUCCUGUGCUUCUCACAGAAAACGUGGCAGAGGUUGAAAAAUGUUGGCAUACUUCAUGAUGCUAUUCCUUAUCCCAAUGAGAGAAGUGGGUUCCCUAUGCAUGUGAAGGUAGCGCGAAGAAGGUUCCAAUCUAAGACAGAUGCUUCUUCCUUUGGAUGGGUUUAUUGUGGAUCACACAACUUUAGUGCUGCUGCUUGGGGCCGUCCGCUUCCAAAUACCGUUGACAGAAAGGUGAACGUGAAUGAGAGAAAUAGUUCAGUAUUAGGUUCAAGGAUUCAUAUCUGUAAUUAUGAGCUCGGAAUCAUUUUCACCGUUCCCCCAUCAGAUAAAAAGGACAAUGGGGAUGAAAAGCACGGAAACUUGGAUGACAUUGUGUUGCCCUUUGCUACACCUGCCCCAAAGUAUAAGCCCAGAGAUGAGCCAGCAACAGCCCAAGCGAUGAGGGAGGUGCUUACUGAAAUGGAGAGAGAGAUGGAUGCAGCUAUAGCAAUCAGUGGGGAGUGUCCAGAUGAGGAAGAUGAGGUAUUGGAGGCUGCUGAUUUUGUCACGGUGGAGAAGGAAGAUGAAAAGGCUUAUGCUGAGAGGCUUUGGAGCCAAGUUGAUUCGUCCGAGAGCUGUUGAAAGUCAUUGAGGAAUCAAGCCGACAAAGAGACUACUUGACCUUGGUGAAGGUAGCGCUGGGUCAGAAGUAGAUGGAGGAGAUUCAAGAUGAUCCUGAAUCCCCUUUUGUUACAUUAAAAUAUCAUUGGAAUUGCAUAAAGGGGGGUAUGACUUGAUACGUGUUGUAAUACUCUGCAGGUUUGAUAUAGAAUAUAUAGAUAGUUUAUUUAGACAAGAAAUUGCCGAUACAUAAAGCAGGAUUCUGUAAGGUGUAGUGUAGGAUUGAAUUUCUGUGUGUGUUGUUCACACUCUUUGAAACCAUUGCAACGGCAAUGCAAGAAGUGAAGAGUAAUGAUGU